GCACUGGCAAACAGGUUUCUGGUUCAUGCGUAGCGGAAAAUUCAAGUGUGCGACUUCUAUACAUCUGCUCACGUUGAAUGUAUUUUCUGUUGCUGCUAAUCUACCGUAGUUUUCCAUUUGCUGGAGGGAAUCCGGCAUUUUUAUCACCUUACGAGCUAGCUUCUCAGUUCUGUACAUACCGUUCGAACUUGUGUUGUCUGUAUAAAUGUCGCUUGACAGAAAUGAACGGAAAAUGAGAAAUACACCUAACUAGCUGUUACCAACCGAAAGUGGUUUUUUGCUGGCUUGCGCUUGUCCGAUCGACAUACUUCGUUUUUCGUUGGUUCUGCGAUGUUGAAUGGUUAAUUAUUUUUGCACAUCUGAUCAUGGAAAUCAACAUCCCAAUUCCAAAGGGUCGAGGAUUUACUCCCUUCCCCUUUGGUCAAUGUCAGAUAUGCGGAGCGGAAGCUACCGGAAAUCAUUACGGGGCUAACACGUGCGAAGGCUGCAAGGGAUUCUUCAAGCGCAGUCUACCCGUUUUCCGAACCUUUCGCUGUUUCUUCGGCAAUAGAUGCGAGGUGUCUCCUGAUACUCGUAAUCGUUGUAAAGCAUGCCGAUUCCGAAAAUGCAUCGAAGCGGGAAUGGCGCUGGAUGCUGUGAAAAUGGGACGCAUUCCCAAAGCUGUGAAAGAGCAGGCGGUACGAUCUGCCGGUGGAUCAAGCAGCGCAGCUACGAGCGGAGAAGCCUCUUCAUCGGGAGAUAAUGUGACGGGACCAUCCCAUACACGACAGCCCACUCCAACAACUCCAUCUCCACCAAGCAACAUUGUCCUGCUAAACAGAAGCAUUUCGGCUGCGGAGGCGACGGCGGGCUCUUCAGGCCAACGUUACACUGUAAUCCGUAGCAGUUCGCAGGUGGAAGCCGGCAAUCAUUCAGCGGCACUAGGUACAGUUCACUAUCCCCAGUCAUCUUCCCUGUCGGGUCAUCGAUUUCAUCCGUAUCAUUCGUCAUCUAACACACCAAUCGAUAAAACUAAAGCACAGCCAUUGCCGAUGCAAGAGCAGUCCGACGAUGAGGAUGUUUCCAUGUAUGAGGCGCCUACCUACUCGGGUUCGUACCAGCCCGGUCCGAGCCGGCCGAGUACGAGCCGGUACUCGCCACCGGCUCGAAAAGAUGCGGAAAUGGGCAGUACGAUGACCGAUACCGGUCGGACUAUACAGCACGAAGACGGUCAUCCAAGAACGCUAGACGGCUAUGUCAUUCCGUCGUCGCCUAAUGCACGCUUUACUGGCAGCGGUGGAGUGUGUUACCCCGCAGUGCGCAAAACAGGCCAGACAAUAGUAUUUUCUCAGUUACCUGUCGUGGUCAAACCGUCUCAUUUGCCGGAAGUUGUAGAUAUGGCCAUAACUGGACAGAAGGUCAAUGAGAACGUUCCAGGACUGAAAGCGCUGCCUGCUGAUCAGCUGACCGCCGAAAUGGCCACGGAUGAGACGGCUGUGGCAGUUUUGGAACCGAUUGUUCAGGGAUCAAAGGACUGUGCCCCCGUCGUGCCACGAGAUAUUGUGAUUAUGACGCCGUCCUAUGUCCCACCUGAGAAAAUACCGGCCCCUCCCCAACCGACUAGUACGCACCACCGCUAUCGCAAGACUCGUAAAGAUGGCUCCUCUUCAUCGGAAUCCUCUCUACUGUCCCCAAGUCCUCAUUUAAAAAUUCCCGCAGUUAUAACAAGUGAAUUUUUUCAUGAACUGGGAAAAGACGAAAAUGCCAAGAAUUCCAUGUGUGAAUACACGUUUCGUAUCGUCUCGAAGAAGAAUAAUGAAAUUUACGGCGAGGAAACGCGGGCUAAUGAAGUGUUCCUCAAAGAAGCGCUAACGUCAAAUAACCUACCGAAUCAACCGGAGCGUACGCCGCUACAAAUGCGAGACAUCUUGAAGGAUCGUCUUGUGACGCAGGUGAAGCGGGUGGUGAUGCUGAGUGAAAGUAUUCCUGGUUUCCGAUUUCUUGACAUGCAUGACCAGCAUUCUUUAUUGCGGACUUGUAUACUGGACACCUGGAUGGUGCAUUCAGCCCGCUUUCUUCGCAAUCAGCAGAGUUACAUUUUAUUUCUGGAGACCAACACGUUUUAUGCGCGCUACUGGAUGGAGCAGUUUCUCACGGAUGAAUUUCUAAUGACAGUAUUCGAAAUGGCCUCCCGAAUUAAUGCGCUGGAUUUAAGUUUUGAUGAGCUGUCGUUGCUGAAGUGCAUAUUGAUCGUUCGCCCGGAUCGUCCCGGCCUGAAUCGUGUUGACUUUAUUACGGCGAUUCACAAUCAUUUGCUGGACGCUCUGAAAUCGGCGGUCCGCAAUCGUCGUCCUGUGGCUGCUAGUCAGUUACUUGUGGAUUUAAUGGAAUUGCUAAAAGGCUGGCGUAUCUUGGACGUGAUGCAGGAGAAAUAUGUCCAUCCCAUUGAUCUCAGCCAUUUCACUCAGGGUCCUUGGAAAGUUGCCGAACCCUCUUCCAGUGCCGAUAAUCAUGGCCAGGAAACGUCAAAGGUUCAGGAGGAAACGGCUGCGUACAGUAAAGUUUCCGAAUUACCUCCUGCCACUGGGGAAAUUCCAACUAGAAAUAGUGGUCGUUUGAUUGUACAGAGCCAGCUAAAUACGAGACGGAUAGAAUGAGUCUUUUUUAGAGAAAAAUGUUUAGUUUUUAGUUUUGCUGCGAUGUAUUCAUGUUGUGUUUACACCAAAUGGAACUUCUAUGCAUUUUUUGUACAUUUUGUAUUUUUCAGGAGAGCCAAAUGGGACAUAAAUUAUUUUUGAGACACUGUUUAACCAAAUGUUCACUGUUGUCAGCUCUUGACCAUAAAUUUUGUUUUUACCUCUCUGAUGCUGUAAAUAUUCUCAUAUCAUUGAAGUUAUACAUUCUUUUUAAAAUAAACAAAG